AUGGGCUGGACGGCCUUCUGGCUGGCCUACCUUCUCGGAGGCAUUACCUUUCUGCCUUUGGUCGCCGCCAUCCUCUUCGCCCACGCCUACCUGACACUGCCCUACCACGAAGAUGCCGAUAACGCCUUUCCAAACGCGGACGAUCUGGUCCAGCCAGGGGAUGAUGUAGAUGCACUCAAAGCGGCGCAGAAGGACAAGGAGGAAGCCAAAUCACGAACAAUUCACCAUGACACCGAUGUGGCUGCCGGUUACUUUGCCGUCUGUCGUGAAUACACGCCAAUGGGAAUCAAUGCAAAGCCGAUAGAGAGAUCAACACCGGUGGGAUCAGCUACGGUGGCUGCUCCAAGUCCAAGCGUCUACCAAACCAUGUAUCGCAGCAUAUUUGACCGGAAAGGCACAUCGAGCCCGCUGGACAACAAGAACGGCGCCAGUCAUCGACCAAAAAAAGCUGGGAAUGUUUUCUAUGUUGUACUAAGACACGGCCACCUCAUGCUUUUUGACGAUGAUGAACAACUCGAAGUGCGCCAUGUAGUAUCCUUGGCCCACCAUGACAUUAGCAUAUAUUCGGGCGAGGAGGUCACGCCGGAAGGCGAGCUAUGGAUCAAACGCAAUGCGAUUUGCCUCUCGCGCCGUGCAGAUGGGCCAGAGUUGGGCCCAGAUAGCCAGGUGUCCAAGCCCUUCUACUUGUUCUCAGAGAACUGCUCUGCUAAGGAAGAUUUCUACUUUGCCCUCCUGAGAAACCAGGAGCUUUCCUUUCCCACCGAGCACAGAGCGCCGACUCCGAUCCAGUUUGAAGUUAAGAACAUCAUAUCGCUGGUCCAGAAACUGCAUUCGUCCGAAGAACACAUGCAAACAAGGUGGCUCAAUGCCAUGAUCGGGAGGAUAUUUCUCGGCAUCUAUAAGACCAAGGACAUUGAAAAUCUCAUAAGGGAGAAGCUUACGAAGAAGAUAUCCCGGGUCAAGCGGCCGGCUUUCUUAUCCAACAUUGAAAUCAAGGCUAUUGAUACCGGCGACUCGGCACCAUACAUUACCAACCCUCGCCUCAAAGACCUCACCGUUGAAGGAGAGUGCGGUGUUGAGGCAGAUAUGCGCUACACCGGCAAUUUCCGGCUCGAGGUUGCUGCAACUGCCCGCAUCGACUUGGGUGCUCGUUUCAAGGCACGAGAGGUCAACAUGGUUCUCGCGGUUGUUGUUCGAAAGUUGGAAGGACAUAUUCACCUGAAAAUCAAGCCCCCACCGAGCAAUCGGUUGUGGUUUUCUUUCCAGCAGGCACCGAAGAUGGAGAUGACCAUCGAGCCUAUCGUCAGCUCCCGCCAAAUCACGUACAAUGUUAUUCUUCGUCAGAUCGAGAGUCGUAUCAAAGAGGUCAUUGCCGAAACGCUGGUUUUGCCUUUCUGGGAUGACACCCCGUUUUUCAACACCGAACACAAGAAGUGGAGAGGCGGUAUAUUCCAUGACGACAGAAUUAAGUCAACGAUGGAUCUUGAGACCGCGGCGGCUCAGGACGGGGAACUGGAUGAAGUUGACCGUUUGGAGGAAACUCAAGGGGCCCCGGAAACCGAGUUGCCACAGAUGGAGAAGAGCCAUAGCGUGCCAGUGCUCGAAAAGAAGACAUCUAUUGGCCUUUUUGGAAGGAAAAUGAAGAGCAAGACUGAUCUGAGAGGAUCAGCUGGGGGCUCUACCUCAAGUUUGGAUCUGAAGGCCGACCCCAGAACUUCCGUGGCCAGCUUUGAGUCAAACAGGUCAGAUGCAAAGUCAUCUUCACUAAGCCUAGACUCUCGAAGGGAGGUCAAGAGUGAUCUUUCUUCCUCGCAACCUCCUGUGCUCUCAGUACCCUUCGCCCAACCAGCAACACCCACUGUCGGAACUGACCCCAUCAACGCUGAUCUCUUCAAGCCCUCGUCAUCUCCGCCUAAUGGAAGCCCGGCCAUAUCGGCAAUGGCGAACCUUUCUGCUCAAGCGCAACCUCCAUCACCAGCCCUGACGCCAGUCACGAAUGCUCAUACUACAUCGAGCUCGUCAGUUUCUUCGAGAGAUGCCACAGACACCGAAAAGGAUCUGGACAAAACACCCCAAGGUCGACGCAAUACAGCAUCCUCGUCCGGCAGCCAUGAUGAUGGUAGAGCUAGAUCAAGGUCGCCUUCCGCUUCCAUCAAAGGAUCGGUGAAGAGCCAGACGGGAUCCAUCGCCCGGGGCUUCUUCAACCGCCGUGACACUGGGUCUUCGGCUUCCGACACGGCCAGUCUCGCCGAUACAAAGAAAGGGGCCGCGCUGGCUGCGGUUACAAAUGCCGCAGCAUCUGCCAAAAGAUGGGGACUGAAUGCCUUUCAGAGACGUCUCACUGAUGCAGGUUCUGCCACAGACGGUGCACCACCACACCUAGACCUCAACCAGCCGAUGGGUCGUGGCCAACCCUUACCUCCCCCGGGAACGCCUCUCCCAAUGCCCGACAAGAGUAUUCCUGUUUCGCCUAUUCCAGUACCAAAAAAGAAGCCGAUUCCUCCACCUUCAAUUUCAUCACAAUCUGAAGACUCCUCGAGCCACAAGGUCGAGCGCCGCCCAGUUCCACCACCAUCGCUUCCCAAGCGGCGGCAGUAUCAGAGCGACUCGGUGGUGGACGACGGACACAACAUGUUGGUUGUAGCCGCCCCCGCCGACUCCGAACCCACUACGCCGCUCAGUGGCUCACAUAGUCCGUCAUGGAUCGAAGACGGCAAAGCUAUUGGCGACAGCUCGGCCAAGUCAUCCAGCGAUAUGCCAGUCAUCAAACUCAACGGCGAAAAUUCUGGGUCGUCUCCUGAAGCUGCACCUAUAGACAAAACCCAACCCAGGCGCGAAGGCAGAAAGGGCGGUGGCUCCACCAAGCUGGUGGUGGAUGAUGACGAUGAUGACUACUCCGCAUGGAUGGAGGAUCCGUUACCAGACGAUGAUCUUGACUCCGCAGUCGAGCCAUCAACAGCAUAA